AUGGAGACCGUUUGCAUCGAGGAGAGCCGGCAGACGGUGAAUCGAUCAGCACCGAGGCGGCAGGCAUCGCCCUCAGAAACCGUCUACACCGCGAAGUUCAGCGUUAAACUGCAGGACGCCUGGUCGCCGGACCGGCGAGUUCACUGUGACUUGCCGAUGACACGAUUUUCCAGGUCGGGACAUUUCUCAGCUAUUGAAUAG